AUGAUUAUUUUAACAACCUUAUUUUCCCAGCAGCUAUUUUUGCUACUUAUAAUGGAGAAUCAGCUUAAAAGAAUUAUUGAAUGCAUCAUAAAAUUGCUAAAUAAGCAGCCUUCAGAUGAUGGCAGCUUAAUGAUGGAAUUCGAAACUUUAUGUGACAAUUUGCAAGCUGAGAUGAUCCAAGCCUACAAUAGAAAUCAAACAGUAAAUAUGUUCGCUACAGACAGCAGCCAAGAAGUAGAAAUCCUUAAAGGUGAGAUUGAAAGCACAAAAGACGAAAUAAUUCGAAAUAAAGUCCAACUAAAAGCUUAUGAAGAGAUUUUAAAAAUUUUACCCUAUAUAAAUUAAUAGUUUAUAUAUUGUUUUUAAAAAAAUAAAAUAAAUUAUUUAUGGAUUAAAGCAUAUAUAAUUAG